AUUUACUCUACUUGUAGAAAAGUCUUAUAAAAAAACAUUAGAAAUCCAAGCAAAAUAAUGGCAAAUUUUAGCGCUUUAAAUAGAUUUAUUAAACUGCAAAAAAUUUUAAAUAAUAAAAAUGUAAAUCUAAGCCGGACACUAACAACAGCAUCUGCAAAAAGUCAACAAAAUUGGAAUAAAGAAACUACAAAGCAUACACAACAGCAUGUGACCUUUAAAUUACAAAAGCCACUAGACCACCGAACAUUUUGCACAAAAUCUACAAAAGAUGCUGAAACCUCAAGCAUUGACGAAUUCAGAGCUAAAGAAGAGAAACGCGAAGAAGAAUUCGAACAACAGCAGAAGGCCAAAACGCAACAGGAGGAAGAUGAGAAAAAAGCUAAACUGGAUGCUGUACGUACAAAAAUCUUAGAGGCUGCCUUACAACAUGUACCCACGCUGGGUUGGACUCGCAAUGCCAUAGUGCAGGGUGCUGAAGAGACUGGUUUUCCCAGUGUGGUGCAUGGCAUGUUUCCAGAGGGAGGUUUCGAUUUAGUUUCCUAUUUCAAUGGCAAAUGCAAUGAGGAACUUUUGAAAAUGCUGCAACAGGAGACAGAGAAUGGCACCAAAGAGAUUAGUAAUCCCUUGGAGUUUCUGGUGCGUUUUGUUAGAUUACGUUUGGAAAUGAUAACACCCUAUAAGAGUCAAUGGCCACAGGCAUUGGCUUUGAUUGCUCUGCCACAGAAUGCCUCAACAGCUUUAGCACAAGUACUGACACUAGUCGAUGAUAUUUGCUAUUAUUCUGGAGAUCGUUCGGUUGAUAUCGGUUGGUAUACCAGACGCAUCGGCUUGGCGACAAUAAUGAAAAUGACCGAACUGUAUAUGAUGCAGGACGAUUCAACACAACACACUAAAACCUGGGAAUUUUUACAAAAUCGCAUGGAUGAAGCAGUACAACUGCAAAUGGUACUACAACAAACCGAAGAUGUUAAACACAAAUUCCAAAGUUCUUUUAACUCUGCCUUUAUUACAGCUCGUAAUAUUUUGGGUUUAAAUUAUAAUAGACCUUAGAUUUUAAGUUAUUUAUUGAAUGUCCACGCUUAACUUGUUUUUAUUGAAGUUCCCUAGCUUAUCUUGUCAGAAAAAAAAGUACGAACUCAGUCCAAAGAGGCAUUACUAGUUCAUAUUGUUCAUAUUAUUUUUUUCCCUUCUUUUGUUUAACAAUUAUUAAAAACGUUUUUGAAACAAAAAUAUUUUUAUAUUUACAUUUAUAUACAUAUUUCUUUUUUUUAACUUUAAAGUACCUACUUUAUGGAGUGAAGCUUUUGUUAAUAAUC